AUGUCGAAAACAUCUAUUGAAAGUUUAUCAAAUGAAUUAUUUAAUGAAAUAUUCGAUUAUCUUGACGGUAGUGAUAUCUACCAAGCAUUUUCAAAUCUCAAUCAUCGUUUUCAAUAUUUUCUCAAUUCUUCAUCAUUUCCAUUGAAAAUUACAGUUAAUUCAUCAUCUUAUAAAUCAUAUACGAAUACGCAUCAACAACUUUUAUUUGACAAUAAGCAUCGAAUCAUUUCCUUACAUUUAAUAUUACCAUUACAAAACAAUGAAUUUUUCUUAUCAUAUUCAAUUGAUUCAUCAUUUAAUCGUCUUGAAUCACUUGUACUUUUUAAAAUUUCACCAUCUAUACUUUUAUUACUUCUUACUAAUUUAACUUGUCUACCACGACUUUUUUCAUUAACUAUCGAUACACAACGGACGUUUGAUGAUUUAACAGAAGUUUAUCGAUUAAUUUUUGUUUUACCAAAAUUAAAAUAUAUGAAAUGUUCAGCAAGAGGAACUGUCUUAUCUAUGUCAUUACCAAUUGCUAAGAAAGAACGAUUAACUAAUAUUGAAUAUCUUGUGAUUAAUCAUUCUUGUACUUUUAAUCAAGUUUCUACUAUAAUAUCUUAUACACCUGAACUUUAUCAUCUAAAUUUAAUGAAAUCCUAUGAUAAUUAUUUUAAUAAUGAAAUGAUAUUACCAAUGAAUUUAUUCAUUUUACGUGCUACUCGUUUGUACGAACGAGAUUAUCUUGAUGCUGAUCGAUGGCAACAAUUGAUUGAAGAUUAUUUACCAGAUUUAGAAGAAUUUUAUUUACAAUAUCAUGAAAAAGUUGAUCCUGAAGCUGCAAUGUCUAAUGCUUUACCUUCAGAUAACUUUCGUUCAUUAUUUUGGAUUGAACGACAAUGGUUAAUGAAUGUUGAAAUGAAUUCUUUGAAAAUUGUCUGUUCAAUUCGACCAUACAGAAAAAGAUGGUACGAUAUAAAUUCUUCCAUUGAACUUUCAAAAUCUACUCAACUUACUGUUUGGAGUGUUCCUGAUGAUUAUUAUUAUAGUGGAUUAUUAAAGUUAACUAUUGGUGAAAUUUUAACAAUAACACAAAUUUAUCAUUUGGAAAUUUCUGAACCAAAUAUUUGUUCUACUGAAUUAAUCGAAUUAAUUGAUAAAUUACCUGCAGUUGAUUCAUUAAAAAUCUUUUCUUUGAAAUUAUUAAAAUCAAUAUUUGUCGCUUUCUACGAACAUAAACUUUAUUUGGCAGCAAAUAAAAAUAAUAUCACCAAAGUUUAUCUCUUCAAAAUGAAUUCUAUGGAAGAAGUUUAUUUUCUUAUAAGACUUUGCCCUCGUAUGACAUAUCUCAAAGUUAAUUUGAACAAUAAUGUUGAUUAUGAAGUGUUUCUAAAAGAUCUUUUAAUGAAAAUUAAUAAUGAUGGCAAUCAAUAUCUUCGUUUAUUAUGUCUUUAUAUUCCAACAGCAAACAAUGAAAUGAUUAGCAAAUUCAAAGAUAUGAUCAAUCUAAAUUCGAUUUCGUAUCAUCGAGCUAAUCUACUUACAAAAACUGAUCUAUUUGAUUCAUCAUCUGGUCUACCAUCCAUUAAUCGUCUUGUUCAACAUUUACAAGUUAAAGAUCGUCUUGAUAAACAAUGUGCUUUACAUCUCGUUAAUCUUGCUCAACAAACACUCGAACGUGAACCGAAUAUUUUAGUUAUUCAAAAUCAUGAAACUCAUCAAAUAGCUGAAGCAUUUCAAUUUAAAUUGGAAUGUCAAAAGAAAUAUGGUUCAAUGUCACUCUACGAUGCUUGUAUGAUCGCUUUCGAUACAUUGCCCAUUUGUGCUGUCAUUGAUUCACGUUUUCUAUGCAUGCAUGGUGGUAUCCCACCCGAUAUUCAGACUCUAUCCGAUAUUGAAAAAUUGAAUCGUUUCAUGGAAAUACCUUAUUCAGAUCCUCUUUGUGAUUUCCUUUGGUCUGAUCUAAGUGAAGAUUUUGAUCAAGUCAACGAGAAACAACCGGAUUUUAAACCAAAUAAUGUCCGUGGAUGUUCUCAUUUCUUUUCGUAUAAUCCUUGUCGAAAUUUCUUAUUUCGAAAUAAUCUUUUAUUAAUUAUUCGCGGACAUGAAGUACAAAAAGAUGAGUAA